GAGAGAGACACAAAUUGCCGCUAACUGCCAAGUAAAACAUUCUGACUAAAUCAAAUGACACGAAUUUACUUUAAAUUUACUGUAACAUUUUGACGAAUCCUCAAAGUGAAAACUCUAAAUCCAGCAACCCGAAAAGGACGUAGUCGGGUUUUUAAAGGAUUUAGUGACAUCUUGUGUGCGAAGAGGAAGGUGCACUCUUUGGGAGGAAGAACGUGGACAAACCAAUUUGCAGCAGCAGCGUAGAAGUUUCAGAAAUGGCUGCUCAAGAGGAAUUUUUUGCGGACAUUCAGAAGAUCCCAUAUGUCCCCACUGCUGGGCCAGGAGAUGUCAUGUGCUUCAAACACUACAAUGCAGAGGAGGUGUUGAUGGGGAGGAAGAUGGAGGACUGGCUGAGGUUCUCAGUCUGCUACUGGCACUCCUUCUGUGGAACUGGUGUGGAUCCUUUUGGCUUUCAGACGCUCCACCGCUCCUGGAAUGAAGGAACUCCUAUGGAAUCAGCCAAGAAGCGACUCCAUGCUGCUUUUGAGUUUUUCACCAAGCUUGGUGUUAAAUAUUACACAUUUCAUGACAGAGACAUGGCUCCUGAGGGCUCCACACUGAUGGAGUCCAACAGGAAUCUGGAUGAAAUAACAGACCUGGCUCUCCAGCUGCAGAGCCAGACAGGAGUCAAGGUGCUCUGGGUCACCUGCAACCUCUUUUCCCACCCGAGGUAUAUGAACGGUGCAGCCUCCAACCCUGACUGCCAUGUUCUGGCCUACGCUGGUGCUCAGGUCAAGAAGGGACUGGAUAUUGCCAAAAAGCUGGGUGCAGAAAAUUUUGUGUUUUGGGGAGGGAGAGAAGGUUUUCUUUCCAUCUACAAUACUGAUGUUGGAGCUGAACUGAAACACAUAGCUAGUUUCUUCAAAAUGGCUGUUAAGUACAAAGAGAAGCUUGGUGCCAAGUGUCAGUUUCUUAUUGAACCAAAGCCUAAGGAGCCUUGCAAACACCAGUAUGAUUAUGAUGCUAUGAGUGUUAUAGGAUUCCUUAAGCAUUAUGGACUGGAGAGUCACUUUAAGUUGAACAUUGAGCCCAACCACACCACCCUGGCAGGACACUCCUAUGAACAUGAUGUUGUCAUGGCCUCUGCAUUUGGUAUGCUGGGUUCACUUGACGCAAACACUGGUUCUCCUGACCUCGGAUGGGACACAGAUCAGUUCCCCAUGGACAUCAGGAACACCACUUUGGUCAUGAAGACCAUCAUUGAACAAGGUGGUCUGCAGCCAGGAGGCCUGAACUUUGAUGCUAAGGUGCGCAGAGAGUCCACAGACUUGGAGGAUCUGUUCAUUGCUCACAUCGGUGCCAUGGAUGCCUUUGCAAGAGGACUCAGGAAUGCUGUACGCAUCAUUGAGGAUGGGCUAAUCACCAGUAUGGUGAAGGAGCGAUACUCCAGCUUCAGCAAUGGUCUUGGGCAGAAAGUGAAGGAUGGUUCUGCCACCCUAGAGGAGAUGGAGGCCUUCAUCAAACAGAAUGGUGAACCCAAAGUCACAUCAGGGAAGCAAGAAAAAUAUGAAUCCAUUUUUAAUCACUACAUAUAAUUAAAGCAUUUUGUUCCUGUGUUGGUAUAUGAUUGCAUUUGACCUUAAAUACAAGCUAGUCUGCUUUAGCACUGGUGACCAGGUCAAACACUGAUCAAAAGGUAGAGCACUAUUAAUUCACUUGGGAGCAACAAUUCCUGCACUAUGGAACACAGUUGUUUCACAAGCCAUUAUAAAUACAGUACAGCUGCUGAGUACGGUAG